AUGUUGUUUCGUUCCAACAAACGAUCCAUCCACUUCAUUUUGUUGAUAUGCACCUUGACUCCAAACCUAGGUGCUUCCUUUGGUCCCUAUAUUCGAUUAUUAUCGACCUCUUGCGCACAGCAGCAGCAUCCGUCGUCGUCGUUGAACAAGAAUUUGCUGCUGAGCAUGGGCAUGAAGGUCAACAUUCGGAUUGUCGGACGCAAAUCUGGCAGUGAAGCCUGGUUGGAAGAUGCUUGUGACAUGUACUUGACUCGUCUCCGUCCUUCUGGUGUCGAGGUCGAGACUACUUGGCACAAGGACAAUCCAGCCUUGAUCAAGGGCGUCGAGACUGACGCGUCCAAAGGCAACACCAUCGUGUUAUUGGAUCCAUUGGGCAAAACCAAGACGAGUGAACAAUUUUCCGAAGAUCUAUAUGAGUGGUUGGAUCGAGGUGGUAGUCGCAUGUCCUUUGUGAUUGGAGGUGCGGAAGGAUUGCCGUCGGAACUCAAGUAUCCAGCUGGCACUACUAGUGGACAAAAGAUGAAGCCAUCCAUGUUGAUUUCCUUGAGUAGCAUGACCUUUACUCAUCAAUUUGCUCGACUUUUGUUGAUUGAACAAAUCUAUCGGGGAACAGAAAUUCGAAAGGGAUCAGGAUAUCACAAGUGA